AAGUCUUGAGCUAGAUGUGACGUUUCCCAAACAAAGGAGUUUUUAGUGCACAUACUAUACACUAAAUGUGUGUAUAUAUAUAGAGUGCAGUUUGACAGGUCGCAACCAAGAGUAAAGUGAAUAACUUUCUCGAAUUGGUGCACAAUUUGCUGUUUAUUUUUACUGUUGUUGUUGAAACUCUUGUGAUUAAUAUUGUAUUUGAUUUUAAUCUUCGGAUAGACGAAACGGAAGGUGCAAUUUGCUAGUGCUUUGCGUUUAUCCAGGUAGCGAGAGCAGACUCAACCGAAAACGGGGCCCUACGCAACGAUGAGCGACGACGAUCGGGAUAUUGACGUGGAUAGUGAUGAGGGGGAUGACUCUGACUCACGCCAGCAGAUGUCCAGGCAGACCUCGGGCAGUCAAUAUCACUCACAAGUAUUUAUUGCUGAGAAGAGGGCUCAUCACAAUGCAUUGGAGCGUAAACGAAGGGACCACAUAAAAGAUAGCUUCAGCAGCUUGAGAGACUCUGUACCUGCAUUAAACAAUGAAAAAGUGGCAAGCCGAGCCCAGAUAUUGAAAAAGGCUGCAGAGUACAUACAAUAUAUGAGGAGAAAAAAUAACUCACAUCAACAAGAUAUUGAGGACCUGAAGAGGCAGAACAAUUUAUUAGAAACACAAAUAAAAACAUUGGAGAAGGCAAAGGAGGCAGGAAGUUUUGGAGAUGGAAAGAACUCUAGCUACAACGAGACAGAAUCGGACACCUCAGAUAUGGAGGGUCAGGUUAACCAAAGACGUACGAAGAAGAUGAAAUUUACGUCGUACCAUUAAAUAAAUUUGAAUGAACCGCGGCAGCAAGAUAGGAAUGGAUACAAUUGAGUUGAGUUGAGAACGAUAAGCCGAAGCAACGGUACGCUAACUGGAAUUUCUGGUCGGGGUGAAAAAAAAA